CUUCUGCAAUGAAUCAACAACAAUCAACAAUCAACAAUCGACAUGAAACGACCCAAACAACCAUUACCGCAAUUAAUUUCAUCUUAAUCGUCUCCAUUUCUUCUUUACACUUGACCGAUCAUAGUUUAGCUACCGCCUUGUUGCUACCUCAAUAUCUCGUAUUAAGUUCAAGUCUCUUAUCAAGAUUAAUCUUUUCAUGGAUUAGUCCCAACAGGCCUCCUUCAAUAAUUCAACCGUGCUAUCCUUUCAUCCUUCCCCUUCAGUGCCUUCACUCCAAACAAGCUUCAAAUGCUCCAUUUUUAACCUAGGAAAGUAAACUUUUUCUUGAUCUCAUCACUCAUCCACUCAUCCACUCAUCCAUCCACUCACUCCCUCCCUCUCUUCUUCCCGCUCUUUCUCGUGUCAUCUUUUAUUUUUAUUUGAUUUUUUUCGCAGGAGCCAUUGAUUCAAUAUUUGUAACAUCUCCAUCAACUUUCUUGGUGAAUCCUAACUUCACUCGUUUGAAGGAUCCCCUCCCCAAUAAAAAAGUAAUAAUAAUCUUCAUUUGACCUCUUCAAUUUGAUCCAUCUUGCUCUCGCAUCUUCUCUCGUUCUUGGUCUUUUGAACUUUCUUUCCUUCUUUUGCAAGAGAUUGCUCUACAGUACUACUCGACUACUUAAUUAAUUUUGGAGGAGAAUCAGAAAUCAUGUUGUCUUCUAUGGUAUGUUUCAAUCUUUCAACCUUUUGAUAUCCUCGGUCCCUUGCAUUAUAUCUAUCGCUUCAAUGAAUCAAGGAACACAAAGGCUUUCAGUGCUGUGAACCGCAGAAUUCACAUGCAUAAUCUAUUCCAUCUAUUGUUGUGCAAGUGUAAUCGAUACGGUACUGACAUUCAACUACUUAGAUCCCCACUACCAUCCUCGCUCUUUGCGCAACUGUUACACUCGCUGUUCAAACGAUAGAAAUUCAAGGUUCCGACUUUGUAAACUCUGCUACCGGUAAUAAAUUUCAACUUUUAGGUGUCGCAUAUCAACCAGGUGGAUCUUCAGGAUAUAAUCCUGGAAGUGGUGUUGAUCCUCUCAGUGAUGGAGCCGUUUGUUUGAGAGAUGCGGCUUUGAUGCAACAAUUGGGUGUUAAUGCUAUUCGUGUGUACAAUGUGGAUGGAACUCUUAAUCAUGAUGAAUGUGCAAGUAUCUUCAACGAGGUAAGUAAUUUAUGACCUUCAAUUCCAAGCUCAUUCGGCUAAUAUCUGUAGGUUGGAAUUUACAUGUUGAUUGAUGUCAAUUCCCCUCUUGUUGGAGAGAGCAUCGAUCGAAGCGCCCCAUGGACUAGUUAUGAUGUCACAUAUUUGAACAGAAUCUUUGCUGUUGUUGAAGCUUUCAAGGAUUACCCAAACACUUUACUUUUCUUUGCAGGAAAUGAAGUUAUUAACGAUGAUGACACCGGAAAAACUGUUCCUCCAUAUAUGAGAGUAAGUUUCACGAGUCUCUUCUUCAUUCCAAACUAACAAUCAUAGGCUGUAACUCGUGAUCUCAAAAAUUAUAUCGCGAAACACUCUUCUCGCUCUAUUCCAGUUGGUUACAGUGCUGCAGAUGUUCGUGAUAUCCUCCUUGAUACAUGGAAUUACCUUCAAUGUACCACUACCGAAGACGAUACCGAUCCAUCAAGAGUCGAUCUCUUUGCCCUCAACAGUUACUCGUGGUGUGGAGACUCUUCAUAUACGACUUCCGGUUAUGAUGGUCUGGUUUCGGAUUUCGGCAAUUCUAGUGUUCCAGUUUUCUUCUCCGAAUAUGGUUGCAACGUUCCAGCUCCUCGUGUUUUCACAGAAGUUCCAGUUCUUUACGGUCCAUUGAUGACUCCAGUUCUUUCCGGAGGUAUGGUUUAUGAAUUCUCACAAGAAACCUCAAAUUAUGGAUUGGUCACUAUCAACGAUGAUGGAUCGGCUCAACUUCUUUCCGAUUACAACACUCUUCAAAAACAAUUCAACACCCUUAACAUCACUAGCAUUGAAGGAGUCAAGGCACAAAACACCACUACAGUCGCGCCAAAAUGCGAUUCAUCUCUCCUCACCAGUACAACCUUCAACAGAAACUGGACACUUCCAGCUGUUCCACCAGGAGCUCAAGAUGUCAUUGAUAACGGUAUCAAGAAUGCUAACAACGGAAAGAUUAUUUCUGUUUCAAAUACAAAAGUAACUCAAAAAGUCACAGAUGUUGGAGGAAAUACCAUUUCCAACCUUGCCAUUAAACCAUUAUCAAAUGAUCAAAGUAACACUCCAUCGGGUGAAACCACCGGCUCAGACGUCACAUCCUCAUCCGCAUCUACCUCAGCAACCAAAACUUCAUCAUCGUCAUCAUCAACUUCUACUGGCACUAGCUCAGCUUCUAGUUCUACCAGUACCAAAAAGAGUGGAGCUAGAAAGAUUGAAGGAAGUAUGAUUGCUUUGGUAGCCAUGAUGGGAAUUGGAUUGGUUCUUGUUUAAAAUUUUUGAUUUGCAUAUAUUUCUUCUACAUAAUUUCAAUUCUUGCACAUAUAUUUAUUUUUACCAUUAUCGCAUGUAUGAAUAUGUAUUUUCAUUGUACAUUUUUGUUGUACAUGAUAUAAUGUGGCUGGGUUCCACUGAAUACUAUAAGUCAUGAUGAGUAGGAUGGAGAUGAAGGUGGAGGUGAAGGUGGAGAUGAGAUGAUUCCUUGGGGAAAGUGACCUUGAUAGGGUAGUAUGGAUUUGAAGAGGUUUCUUUUGAGAGUAUGGUAUUGGGGGUUUUUUGGGGAGAUUUUUGAAGGAGAGAAUUUUGGGCGAGAGAUUUUGGGGGAGAAAUUUUUGGGGAAAAUUAUUUGUUCUUUCUUAUAGAUGGAUUUUUGAUGAGAAGAAUGUCUAUAUAGGGGAGCGGCUUGUAGUAGUAUCUUUGGAGGAAUAGUUUAGGCGAAUCGAAUCGAAUCGAAUCGAGGAGAUGAUGGAAAAUAAUGAAUGAUUAUAUGUUACAAGAUUAUUUUGUCUUGCUUUAGUG